UUGUUUGAUUGUUCCACGAAUUUUACAGUUCAUCUGAUCGGUCGUGGAGGAGAAGGUUCUUUGUUGUCAGAAUUGAAGCGGCGAGGAUGGGGAAUCACUUUGGUUGCGACUGAAACAAUUUUCGCAAAAGGAAUGAGCCUUUUCCAAAUAGAAGUCAAUCUCAGUGAUGAUGGUCUCAAUCAUGUUGAGGAAGUAAUUAGCCUAGUUUUCAACCGCAUUGGGCUACUCAGACUUCAGGAGAAAGUCGAUCCAGUAGAUGCGGUCGCCACAUAUUCUUCUGAUUUGCAGCGUAUUCCUUUUCGAGACAUUCUAUCGUGGAAUCAUCUCAUGACGGAGUACAAACCUGAUCGAAUUAUGGAGAUCAUCAAGAUGUUGUCUCCGAAGAACAUGUUCUACAUCGUAAUUGCAAGGAAGUACAGCGGUCAGGAGGGCAAUAUUCACGAGCCGAUUUUUGGGACAGAAAUGCGAAUCGUAAAUAUAGAGGAGGAAACAAUGGAGCAGUUUGAAACCGCUCUGGAAACGGUGAAUCCUUCUCUGCAUCUACCGCUGAAGAACGACUACAUUGCUACAAAAUUCGAUCCUCAAACCACGAGAAACAACUAA